GAGUGUUGCCACUACACCGAAAGGGCCACCGCUGUAACACAGGACACACACAGCCUCCAUGAGGGACCGUCUCCUGCCAGAAUAACACAGUUAAACAACCGAGGAGUAACCGGGAUCCCCGCCCAGACGUUUGGAGGUCGGGGAAAUUCCCCCGGAGAUGUAGCCAGCAGUGCGGCUGUGGGUCGGUGUGUUCGCUCGGUCCCUGCAUGGCUCUUCCAGGGGAUGCCAUGAAAAUUAGAAGAGCCGACUGAGAGCCCACUGCUCCUCGCUAUCUCAGACACGGUGGCGGCGGCAGAGGUGGAGAGCGAUGGAUCCUGGUGGAAAGAUCCAAAUUAGGUAGCGUUUACGAAGAGAACCGAGGAGAGGAGAGCGUCUCCGUUUUGCAGUUUACUCGCCGCCGGAGCCGUCUUAAGGAUGGAUUUCACCCAGCUUCGGAACAUCAUCAGCAGAUACUGUGUGGGGGAGGAAAUCUGGGUGGACAGUCGGACGGUGUACAUCGGCCAUAAAGAGCCUCCUCCGGGAGCUGAGGCCUACAUCCCUCAGCGUUACCCCGACAACCGCAUCGUCUCCUCCAAGUACACCUUCUGGAACUUCGUCCCCAAGAAUCUAUUCGAGCAGUUCAGAAGAAUCGCUAACUUCUACUUCUUGGUUAUAUUUCUGGUUCAGCUCAUCAUCGACACCCCCACCAGCCCUGUCACCAGCGGCCUGCCCCUCUUCUUCGUUAUCACCGUCACCGCAAUAAAACAGCCUGUGAUAUUCUCUCCCAGGUUGUCAAUGGACUGCCUGAACUUCGGUCUGAUCAUCGACGGGGCCACGCUGUCUGCAAUCCUGAAGGCGAACCAGGAGGGCGUCGGCUGUGGAAACUACAGAGAGAUCUUUCUGGAGAUCUCUCGCAACUGUAGCGCCGUGCUCUGCUGCCGCAUGGCGCCGCUGCAGAAAGCCCAGAUUGUGAAGCUGAUUAAAGCUUCCAAGGAGCAUCCCAUAACCCUCGCUGUUGGAGAUGGUGCCAACGAUGUCAGCAUGAUCCUGGAAGCACAUGUGGGCAUCGGCAUCAUGGGUAAAGAAGGCCGACAGGCGGCGAGGAACAGUGACUACGCCAUCCCGAAGUUCAAACACCUGAAGAAGAUGCUGCUUGUUCACGGCCACUACUACUACAUCCGGAUUGCAGAGCUCGUUCAGUACUUCUUCUACAAGAAUGUAUGCUUCAUCUUCCCUCAGUUCCUUUACCAGUUCUUCUGCGGGUUCUCCCAGCAGCCUCUGUACGACACGGCGUAUUUGACGUUGUACAACAUCAGCUUCACCUCGCUCCCCAUCCUCCUCUACAGCCUGGUGGAGCAACACGUCACCAUGGAUACGCUAAAGAGGGACCCCUCCUUGUACAGGGACAUAGCGAAGAACUCGCUCCUCCGAUGGCCCGUCUUCCUCUACUGGACGUGCCUGGGUCUGUUUGACGCUGUUAUCUUCUUCUUUGGUGCCUACUUCCUGUUUGACAACACCACCUUUACCAGCAACGGCCAGCUUAUGACCACCAACACACAGAUGAUGUUUGGGAACUGGACCUUCGGGACUCUGGUCUUUACUGUGCUGGUGUUCACCGUAACGCUCAAGCUUGCUUUGGACACACACCACUGGACCUGGAUCAAUCACUUUGUCGUCUGGGGGUCGCUACUUUUCUACGUUAUUUUCUCUCUUCUGUGGGGAGGAAUCAUUUGGCCCUUCCUGAACUACCAGAGGAUGUACUACGUGUUCAUGCAGAUGCUGUCCAGCGGCCCGGCCUGGCUCAGCAUCAUCCUGCUCAUCACGGUCAGCCUGCUGCCAGAUGUCAUAAAGAAAGUCCUCUGCAGGGCCUUGUGUCCCACAGCCAUCGAACGCGCACAGGAUCAUGAGAAGCUGUCGGUGGCUGUCGUGGCCGAGUCGACUCCACUGUCCUCUCGUCGGUCCUGCAAAGGCGCGAGCACAGACUCAUCCCGCCUCCACCUGGCCGCUGCAGAGGUGCUGUCGCUGCGCAGGUCUGAUUCCCUUCCCCAGAAACUACUGGUGCACUUGACAGAGGGUGGAGGGGCAGACCUGCGCCCUCUCAGCCCCUACAUGCUCCGUCUAUCAGGGGCGGGAUUCGCCUACUACGCUCCAGGGCCGGAGACCUCCGUGUGAACCAGGCUCUGUAACUGUGUGCGUGUGGAUCUGAUGGGAUGAAACGUAGCAGGAUGUGCGACCAAGGUCUGUGUCUCAAGGAGCGAGGAUUUAUCGAGCAAAACAUAAACAUGUUCACACACACGUCAACCUCCAUGCUGAGUUCACCAUGUGCAUUUUCUGGGCUACACCUGAGUGAACAACCCUUUAUAUAUUACAGCCCUGACGCCUCAUCUUCAUACUUUGUUAACUAUUUUUUUAUUCAGUGUCAUCCCCAAGUCGUAUCAAAGUUCCUACUCAAAAUCUUACUUGAAAAAGUCUAAGAACAAAAGGGGAACUUGUGCAGAGGUGCAUUGUUUCAUGCACUAAGGAACUGUUUUAACAUGUUAACAGGCCUUUUUAUAUUCCUCGUUCUUAUUUUCAGUUCUUGCCUGUUCCUCCACUUUUGUGUCCUUUUUGCUUCUUUGUGAAUGUUUGUUUAAAAAACAUAUGUACAGUAGUCUGGCCAAGUUAGGGGCAGCCGUCAAGCUCAGCCCUUUAGGUGUGCGUGAGUGUGCAUGUGCGCGAGUGUAUGCAUGAUAUUUGCCUGUUACCGUAUGUUUGUACGUGACACACCUUUGCCUUACAGGUAGCCACACAGCAGCAGGCUAGGAGCCAAAGGAGAAAGGUUUUUAAAAAAACACACACACACACACAUCAGCUAAAGGGAGAGAAACUGGGGAAAUCUGAAGAGGGAUGUGCAGUAUUCUCGCCGUCCUGCCUUAAUUCAUACAUUUUUUGUGGACUAUAUUUCUAGUUUGUUUUGUGAGUGGACAGGGGAUUUAGAGGGCAUACUUGUCUGGUACAGUGUGUCCGUUAUUGUUUUUCUUUUUCUCUCACAAUUGUGUCCACUUUCUUACCUACCAGUGUAGCAUGUCGGGUCUCCCUGCUGCAUGCUGACCUGCUCUUCUUCUUCUUCUCUGUUUUUCCUUUAUCUUCCUUCGUCCCAAACAACAUUCUUCAUAAACCACAUCUCAACAUUCUUUUCUUUCUCCCAAGAAAGAGCACACUGUACCCACUCCUGCCCUCAUGUGGCCGUUAAGGGUAACAACAGCAGCCCAAUACUUUAUUUAUGGAUGUCUAUUCCUCUAUGUUGCAUUGUGCUUGUGUGUUUGCUGCCAUGCUAUUUGUUAAGAAAAAUGUACUGUAAGAAUGCUAAUGUCAUGCUGUCACCUUAUAAGGCUUUUAUCUCUGUGUUGCAUUAUCCAUGAGUUUUUUGUCUGUAUUCUAAAAUUAUUGAUGGCGGUUACUGUUGAUGUAUGGAUGUAACUUAAAAAACAACUUUUGAUAUAUUAUUAUAGUGAGAUUGGGUGUUAUAUUAGACUGUUGUGAGUAGGAGGGAGACUUGAAUCGGCGAUGUCACAAUCAAAUCACUAGAAUGUCGAACUGAUUUAUCCAUCAUGUCCUCCAGCUGACGAUUGUAGCUCAUAAUGGAUGAACCCCUUUUCUGCAUUUCUAACAUCCUCUAAAGUCCUCUUUGUCCAAAGCAUAUCUGUCGUGUUGCACAGCAAGUGACAGACUCGGGAAGUCUUGAAUGUCAGAUUACGAAGCAUUUUUGUAUGUUUAUACAGUUUAUUUUCAUACACAUCACCAUCUGCCAACAUGUAUAGAUUUAAAAAACAAUUGUUCAGUAUUUUUUUACUGGGGCACAGAUAAUAUAUCAGUUUGAUUGGAGGUCUGGAUCUGUCUCAGUUUUCAUUUAAAGCCCACAAGCCUCUACAAGUGUUUGAACUUGGAGGGGCUCAACGUCCUGACCUCAGUAGAUUAUUAGAAGGGCCUUGGUGCUUGUUAUGCAGUGUCCCACCUCACUGUGCUGUUGCCAUACUGUUUCAGACGUUUUCUACAUGUCACACAUACCAAUCGUACCACUAUAGCUACAGUAUAAGGUCUAUAUUACUUUAUUUUAUUUAAUGGGGAAUUCUUUGGAGUCAUUCUUUAAACACAGUUUAUCUGAGUCCUCCACAGCUCAGUUUUUCUCUUCUACUUGUCAUUUUUGUUUUGUCCAUUGUGAAUAUUUAUUUUGUUACUUUUGUAUCCCAGAGAGAAGACUAUAUUUGAACUCUGUUAGAAUGUGUGUUCAAGUUUGUAACCAAAAUUAGAGCAUACGUUAUAUGAUUCAGUAGAGAUUUACUUAUAGGUCUACACACUGCACUUUCUACAACAGAUCAGUUUCUCCCUAAAAAGAAAAGGUCUAUUAUCUGUGGACUGGGGUUUAUAAGUGUUCACUCUUCCUCACAAGUUAUUUUUCUAAGAAGAAUGUAGUGGGUGAGAAAAAAAAGUGACCAAAUAACUUGACUAGGAACGGACUGUCUGUAGCCUCUGUCUCAAAUGGGUUUUAUCGCACCAGCCUUUUACUGCUGAUCAGAAUGUCAAACUGCUUUUUCUAAGUCCAUCAGCAGGACAGCAGGUGCUCAUCUCGUCACUCCUGAGCUUGGAAAAUGUCUGAAAUGUCGACUUGUGUGCUCUGAGCAGCACGCCUCAUAGCAUACCUUCAGUACAGCACUGUUUGUAUUACUAAACAGGUUUUGAGAAUUAACUUUUUUUUUUGGAUAAAGAUUUUAAAAGUUCACCUGUUCACUUUUUGCCAGCCUGUCUGUAGCAAACGAAGGCAAAGCACUGUAUUGUCAUUAUGCUUGUAAUAAAGAAAGAUUGAAAACA